CUAAAUAUUAAACAAUGUCAUACAACCCUCAUUAUUUGUAGUUAACUUUUCACCAAAUCACUCGAGUACAAGAGAGUCUUUUACAAUUUGUUUAACUAUUCACCAAAUCACUCAAGUAUAAGAGAGUCUUUUAAGAGACCCGAUGAAUUAUUGAAGAAAGAAAAGCUUUAGGUAAGGCUUUAAAAUCUGGCAGCUUCUCAAUCAUCUUUUUGGCUUUAUUGUUCGGUUUCGGUUCCAAGUAGAGCAACAAAACAAUGGGAGGACCAUUUUCCUGGUAAUAAGCUCGAAUCACGCACCCCCCAAAAACGGUCCCCAAAUUCCGAUAACCACCAAAGCAAAAUUACCACAAAUUAGAUGCUCUUUCCAAGUCCUUUUCUAGUUGGAAUCUUCGCAACAUGUUCUCUAAUACCCAAAACAAAAACACUUUUUUCUCUUUUCUCCUCCAAGAAAUUCAGCUAGUAGUAGUACCCAACAAAUAUUAAUAAAAAAAACCCAGUUCCAAAUGGUGAGUUUACACCGCCGCCUUCUCGACACACACCCGGUGGCUGCGCCGCCGCCACAGACAGGUAGCAAAACGAACAACACCUCAUCAUCGUAUGCUGUGGACACGAGUUUCGACACCAACAUGGUGAUCAUAUUGGCGGCUUUGUUUUGUGCACUGAUAUGCGCACUUGGGUUGAACUCAAUUGUGCGUUGCACGCUGCGGUGUAGGCGUAGAAUUGCGAUGGAGACAGCGGAGCAGGCGGUGGCGGCGACGCUGGCUGCCACCGGACUCAAGAAGCACGCUUUGCGUCAGAUUCCGGUGGCAGUUUACGGGGCAUCGGGGUCGAGUAUUUCUGCCACUGAAUGCUCAAUUUGUCUAGGAGAGUUUUUGGAUGGAGAGAAGGUACGGGUUUUGCCAAAGUGUGACCACGGGUUUCAUAUCAAGUGUAUUGACAGAUGGCUCGUGUCGCACGCGUCGUGCCCCAAUUGCCGCCACUCGUUGGUUCUCGAGAGGCCAACCAAUUCAGAGGAAGCAUGUGGAGCUCAAAACAGGUCUGAGCCACCAUAGCAAAUUAGUGGUUACCUUGACUGCACUCAAAAUUUGUUGUCCAACCUCAAGUUUGUAUUGUAUUGGAGGCCAAAUCACGAUUGAUCUAAUGAUAGUAGAUAUCAGAUUUGUAGAUAUUUUAUUGGGGACUUCUUAUGAGGUUUCUAGUUCAUGGCCUAAAGAAAUGAAUUCACUAUGUAAUUGGGAUCAUUGAAUUGUUAA